UGGUGCGGGCGGGCGCUGUUGGCGCUGGGGCGGCUAGCGCUGGAGGGGAGCGCGCUGGCGCUGCUGGCGCUGGGGCGACUGGCGCUGGAGGGGAGCGCGCUGGCGCUGCUGGCGCUGGGGCGGCUGGAGCUGGAGGGGAGCGCGCUGGCGCUGCUGUCGUCGGGGCGACCAACGGCAGGGCGACAGGGGCGCGCGCUGGUGAUGCUGAGGCAGGGCCCCCUUCAGGGAAGUGAGAUGUCCAGUGUGGGGGCGCUGGGGGCGGCUGCCAGCGCUGCGGGGGUGGAGCUGCCGCAGGGGAGCAAGAUGGCGUCAGGCUGGGUGGUGGGUUCGCAGCUGGAGGAGGGCGAAAAGGAGCACGCGGCGGGCGUGGUGGAGAAAAACAGGGACCUGUUUGCGUUUAGCCUAGAGGAGAUAGGGGAGUUCAGGUUGUUUGAGGUCCAGCUGGACUUGAAAACGGAUCAACCUAUCUUUGAGAGGCCGCGCAAGCACAGCGCGAAAACAUGGGAGCUGGUGGAUGAGCGGUGCCGGGAGCUGGAACGGGCAGGGAUCAUUGAGGAGUGUGACUCCGACAUCGCAGCCAAUUCAGUGAUGGCAGCCAAGAAGGAUCCCGAGGGGAAUUGGAAGCUCUCCCGGUUCUGCACGGAUCUGCGCCGGGUGAAUGAGCAGACAGCGCAGGAUCGGUACCCGAUGCCGCUGCCUGAGGAGGUGUUGGAGGGGCUGUGCCAUGCCAAGUUCUACUCCACCAUUGACAUACGGGGCGCGUUUCACCAGCUGGUGGUGCGGAAGGAGGACCGGCGGAAGUUGGCAUUCUGGUCCAGCAGCAAACUGUAUUGCUGGAAGCGGUGUCCGUUUGGGGCAAGGAACGCGAGCGCGUGGUUUCAGCGGGCGAUUGACAGGACGCUCAGGGGGUUGGAGGGGUUUGCGCGCAGCUUCAUAGACGACCUGCUGGUGGCGGGGGGCGAGACGCUGGAAGAGCACAUGGAGUUGGUGCAGAGGGUGUUCGACCGGCUGCGGGAGGUGGGGCUUAAGUGCCACCCGGAGAAGUGUUGUUUCGGGGCGGAUUCGGUGGAAUACUUGGGCAUGUGGUUGAGACCGGGGGUGGUGUCUCCGCAGGUGGCCAAGGUGGCGGCCAUUGCUUCGUUGCCGCGACCCACCGACGUGACCUCAGUGAAGGCAUUCUCAGGGGUGGUAAAUUACUACCGCCAGUUCAUCCCCGACUGCAGCCGGCUGCCGGCCCCGCUGAAUGCGUUGACCAAGAAGGGGGCCCCCUGGCGCUGGGGAGAGGAAGAGGAGCAGGCGUUCACAGCGCUGAAGCAGGCGCUGCAGGGGAGUCCGGUGCUGGUCUUGCCAAAGAGGGGGCGGCCUUUCAAGGUGCGCUGUGACUGGAGCAAGAAGGGCCUAGGGGGGGUUCUGCUUCAGCAGGAUACGGACGGAGCUGAGCGGGUGGUGGCGUUUGGGAGCCGCAGCUGCAAUGAGGCGGAGGCGCGGUACAGUAGCUUCGAGGGGGAGCUCUUAGCUGCAGUGUACUUUGUGCGGCUCUGA